GCCGCAAAGGGUUAAGGAGCGGGCGGCGGAGCCUGGCUGCCCCUGCCGGGGGACUGGGGAAAAUUACAAGAGGGAGGAAAAAUAAGGCAUAAAACCAGACAGGUAGCCGGGGGUGCGGAGUACUGCUGCAUCUCCUGCCCCCACCUCCGCUGCCCGCCCGGGGGGACAGCGCGGGACGCGGAGGCCGGGGCGCAGCAGCGGGACGACAAUGCAGCAGGCGGAGAAAGCAGGAGGGGCAGCGCACGGCAACAUGGAGGGAGGCGCGGAGCGGGCCAGCCCCUGAUGCGGCUCUUUCUCCUCCUCCUCCUCCGGGCAGCGGCUCCGGCGGCGAUUCCCUCCCUGGCGGCGGCUGGCGGCGGCGGGUGGAAAUGAGCAGGUCGGCGGCGCUUCUCCUCUGCUUGCUCGGCUGCAACGUGUGGAAGGCGGUGACCAAAACCUUAGGGGCGCCCGAGGCGGCUCAAGAAGUAACGCUGAAGGUCCAUGUAAGCGAUGCCAUCACACAUCAGCCAGUAACUGAAGCCUUCAUUGAGAUUUUUACCAACCAGAUCUCCAUUGCAUCUGGAACCUCAGGAACAGAUGGCACUGCCUUCCUCAAGUUUCAGUAUAAAUUGGGCAAUCAGCUGAUAGUGACUGCUAGUAAACAUGCCUAUGUGCCAAAUUCUGCACCAUGGAAACCUGUAAGAUUGCCUGGUAAGAGAUCUUUAUUUUUGUUCUGAGUGUUCUCUUCACUGAGUCUCGGCCUUCUUCCUGAACGCUCAGCUACUCUAAUGGUCUAUGAUGAUGUAGUCCAGAUAGUCUCAGGAUUUCAAGGUGCACGGACUCAGCCACAAGUUCACUUUCAGAGAAGAUCUGUGAAGUUACCAGAGAACACGAGCUACAGUGAUUUGACAGCGUAUCUGACUGCAGCCAGUUCACCCUGGGAAGUGGACAGUUUUCCUUAUUUACAGGGAUUAGAUGGAAAUGGAACAGGAAACAGCACCCGGUACGACCUCACCCCCGUCACUGCAGUCAGUGUUCAUCUCCUCAACAGCGAUAGGACUCCAAUCCCCGUGAAUGGCCCCAUCUAUGUAACAGUGCCUCUGCCAGCAAACAGCAACUUGAAGCACAAUGCACACGUUCCAGCCUGGAGGUUUGACCAAAAAUUUGGGACAUGGCUGAAGAGUAGUUUGGGCCUUGUGCAACAAGAGGGAAAUCAGUUGACUUGGACUUACAUUGCACCUCAGCUGGGCUACUGGGUUGCAGCCAUGUCACCUACUAUCCCAGGUCCCGUUGUAACACACGACAUUACCAGCUAUCACACAAUGUUUCUUUUGGCAAUUUUAGGAGGGAUGGCUCUCAUACUUCUAGUCUUGCUGUGUCUUCUUUUGUAUUAUUGCAGAAGAAAAUGUCUAAGACCACGGCAGCAUCAUAAGAAACUGCAACUUUCCACAGCACUGGACACUUCUAAGAAGGAUCAAGCAACUUCUAUGUCCCACAUAAAUUUAAUAUUUUCCCGUCGUGAGUCAGAAUUUCCUGGCGGGCUAUCUGUUGCUAGCAAUGGACACACUGAAAACUCAGGUGCAAAGGAAUUAAUCAGUGCUGUCCACAUGGAGAUGGUAUCACCUAGUGGAGAAGCAGAUAUGCACACACCUAUGCUCAAACACUCAUUCAGCACUUCCCAGGAGUUCAGCUCCCGAGAGGAACUGCUCUCUGACAAGGAGAAAGACAAGAGCAGAAUUUCCUUGGAUGACCUGACUCCCAGCGGGUCUCUAAGAAAAGACUACCACAAAUCAGCAGAUAGUUUUCCUUUAAAGCCAAGAAAAUCUACAGAAAUGCCUGAAGGCUAUGAGUCGCCUGUCAAAGAUGAGUACAGGAGAAGCUACAAUGCUAUGCUGUCUCAGCCUUUAUUUGAAAAGCAAGAGAGAGAAAUUCAAGUAUCUAUGAACCAUAUUGCUACUGGAAGUAAAUACAAUAUUCAGGAACAAAUAUACCCCCCACCUUCAGCGCCUGAGAAAGAGCUGCUGGACUGCAGACCUACUGAUUGUAUGAUGUCUCGUUCAGUGGAUCACCUUGAAAGACCUACAUCUUUCCCUCGACCAGGUCAGUUAAUCUGCUGCAAUUCUGUUGACCAAGUCAACGACAGUGUUUACAGAAAAGUUUUGCCUGCAUUGGUCAUCCCAGGUCACUAUAUGAAAUUGCCAGGAGAACACCCUUUUGUUAGCCAGCCACUGGUUGUCCCAGCUGACCAGCAGAUUGGUAUAGAAAGACUUCAGGCUGAGCUUCCUAACCCUCAUGCGCGGCUUUUUCCACACCCCCCCCAACAGCUGCAACCCCAACAGUUAGCAUCCCAAGCAAUAUCUCAGCAGCAUUUGCAAGAUGCAGGUGCAGUGGAGUGGAGUCAACAAAACGCUUCCAUGUCUGAAUCUGUUUCCAUUCCUGCCUCACUUAAUGAUGCAUCCCUGGCUCAAAUGAAUAGUGAAGUGCAGCUUCUUACAGAAAAGGCUUUGAUGGAAUUAGGAGGCGGAAAGCCAUUGCCUCAUCCUCGAGCAUGGUUUGUUUCUCUAGAUGGGCGUUCAAAUGCUCACGUUAGACAUUCAUACAUCGAUCUCCAAAGAGCUGGUAGGAACGGCAGUAACGAUGCCAGUUUGGACUCUGGUGUUGACAUGAAUGAACCAAAAUCUGCCCGAAAGGGAAGAGGAGAUCAUCUAUCUGCACCCCAGAGUCACCCGCCAGAGCAAGAGCACCGGCAGAGGGAGAGGAAGGUUUCUGAUAGCACAGCUUACACACAACUCGUGUACUUGGAUGACAUGGACCAAAGUGGCAGUGAGUGUGGAACAGCAGUGUGUAGCCCUGAGGACAAUGCUCUACGAUGCCUACUAGAAGGCACCAGUAAGAGGAGUGGUGUGCAGCUGCCCAGCCUGCAGGAGGAAACAAGAACUGGGGAUACCAAACCAGAGCCAUUAACUAGUCCUGAACACGGAACAUCAGGUCAAGAUGAUGAGGAGGAUGAGGAAGAUGACCAAGGUGAAGAUAAGAAGAGUCCUUGGCAGAAACGAGAGGAAAGACCACUAAUGACUUUCAAUCUAAAGUGAGCUAUUGUGAAAAUCCACCAUUCUGUGGUGUAUAAAAUUGCCAAAUAUUCUUUCUGUGGAAGUGCUUGAUUUAUUUUUUUUUCCUUUGUUUUUGUUGUGGAGAGACGAAAAAAAACAAACUGUGGUGAGCAACAUUUGAAAGAACUUAAAUGCAUUACUGUGUAAAUGUUAGAAAAGAUUUAAAAUCAUUCCUCUGAUUCAAUGGCUGCCUCCAGUGAGAUAGCUGAACAAAGAGUGUGAUUGCUAUUUCAUAUACUUUAUAUUGGUCAGCCAGGAUGUUGAAAAUACUGACGAAUUGUUUUGGUUUGUUUGUGACCUCAAUCUCCUUAUGAAUGGGAGCUGGUGAAGCUUUUGUUUUGUAGGCCAAUUUUACGUGGAUAAUGCUACUGAAAGUAUGUUAAAAACAAGAGUUAGACACGUGGUGUCCAGAAUUGUGCAUUAUCUCAAUGAAAGGCUAUGCAUUGCUGCUUUUAGUAAUAUUUUGCUUAUACUAUGCUUUUCUUAAUUUUACAAGUUGGUUGUAAACAUUUUAUGUCCUUUACUGUAAACUACUCAGCAAUUUAUUUUAAUGUAAAACUACAGGAAACUUGAGUAGCAUCCCUUAGCAUUGAAGCCUUUUUAUGAAACCAAACUGAACUUUAUGUCGACUAAGAUUCCUCCAGUUCUGGUCCCAUUUACUCAAAGUGCCUUUUUUACAGUAACAAUGAACAGUCCCUUCUUUUGCUAACUCCUUUUAAUUGACCCCAUUUGGGAUUUUAUAAACUUCUGGACUUCUACCUUUUAUUUUAAGCUGCAUGCCAAGAGUCCCAUUUUGUGCUGAGCAUUUCUCAUUUCAGUACAGUGUAUUCUGUAGCUAUCAUGUAUAUUGUGGAUUCUGUUUAGCCAGGGUAGACUUAGAAGACAUUUUAAAGGGCCCAGAGUAGCCAAGAAGAUAGUUUCAUUGACUGUAUAUAUUGUUAGUUUCCUCUGGAAUCAUAUGAGCUAAUCAUGCUCAUAUAAAAUGGACUAUGGAUCGAGCAAGUGGACUGAAUGUGUCUAGAAAAAUUUGGGGAAAAAAAAAUGUACUAUCCAAAAGUGCCAGAGUGACUCUUCUGUGCUUUCUCUUUACAGAGCUGCUUGGUUAUCCAAAAAUUAUAAUUGAAAAUAAACUGCAAAAAAUAUCUUUGUGGAUUUUUUCCUCUAGUGGUCACCACAUUAUUUUAUAUUAUUUAAUAAGAAAAAUACUUGGGUUUCACUUUUGCUGUGCAUAUUUAUGCUUGUGUGACUUAGUGACACACUUUCUUAUGCAGUUCUCACGAACUUCAGCCGAUACUGAAGUUUAGGCCCUUUUUCAGAAACGUAUCCUCCCUAUCUUGAUAAAUACGUAACUAUUUGCUAAAGUAUCACUGGAGACUUUGGAAAUGAAAUCCUGCGAUCACCAGAAUUCUCUAUGGAGUCAUGCUUCCUGUGGGACCAGUUUUCUUUCUGAGAUUUCUGUGGGUACUCAUACUUACUGCACACUUCUCACUUCUUCAUGAAUUGGGUUCAAAGAACAGAAAGCGUGUGACAUCCACUCUUGUAGAAUCCUUUGUCUACUUUCAGUUUAUCAUGUAUCAUUCAAUUUUUUUUUACGCAGCAUUAGCAGCAGUCAUGCUUAAUAAUUAGUACGUAAUCUCUAAAAUGAUUAGAGAAAGUGUUCUAUAGUUCCUAUUUCAUUUUUAAUAAUAAGCCCUGAUUCAGAUUCAUUGCUCUUUUUUUUAAGUAGAUUUCAAGGUUUGCUUAGGAGUCCAGUGUUGUAAUUUCCAUUUUACUGAAUGUCUUACCUGGGAGUCCGGGCUCGAGCCAGGAACCAAAUCCCGAUUUCCUAGUUCCCCGUCCAGUGCUCCUCUCCAUCCACGAAGCCACAUCACCUCUGUUUUGCUUUAAUUCGCGUUUGGAAGUGGUAUAUGUCUUAAAUCUAAAAUAAUAUUUGUGAAGUGCUUUGAAUAUUGAUAUCACCAUAUUAGCAGUAAGUUAUGUUGUAGUCAUCACAUACGUUCCCGGUCCUUUCCUGUUUUGUUUAGGAAAUUUGCUACUGACCAUAUGUGAACUGGCUCUGGGGCCCAGGUUACUUAUUGUCAGUCUGCGCAAGGUCGCUGAACAGAAAAAUACUACUUUAAAGGAAUAGUGUUUAUCAGAUGGUGGUAACACAGUGUCACUUAUUGAUCAGUAUGCUGCAUCAAGUAAACAUUCUGGUUAAAAUUUUUGCAUACUAGAAUUAUUAUGCUAUUUAAUUUUCAAUUUUCUGUUGUCUUAAUUCUGUCAUUUUGAAUUACAUUCCUUUUCAGAUUCCUUUGCAAAUUUUCCAUCAUUAUUAUCUUGUAAAGUGAGAUUGUUGCUAUUAAAUUGCAGUGGUUUCUUUCUUUAA